ACCAAUGAGAAGGCUCAAAUUAUAAAAAAAUGGAGUGGGGGGUCACCAUGAGGGCCUUGGCGGAGCUGGCGGCCAGCAAACCUGCCAUCCCCAUGGUGACCCUAGUGGAGCUGCAGGAGAGUGCAAUUGAGCAAAACGAUGACUCCCCUGCCUCCACCACUCCAGCUCCCCCGCCAUGUCCCAUCCCUGCCUCCACCGCUCCAGCUCCCCCGCCAUGUCCCAUCCCUGCCUUCACCACUCCAACUCCCCCUCCAUGUCCCAUUCCUUCCACACUUGAAGCCGGCCCCACUGUCACCUUCCCACCUGCCACCUUUUCCCUCAGCCCCACUGUCACCUCCCCAACUCCCACCUCUCCCUUGAGCCCCAGUCUUGAUUUGGACAUUUCUUUCUCCCCCUCUCCUGAAUUUUCUCCAACUUUCUCUCCUGCUCCUCCAACCCCCCUCUUCAACCCGUCCUUGAUGGCAUUGUCACCUUGUGACUAUUAUAUGCAGAGGACCCCCUCUCCUAUUACAAGGGAGGAGGCAGACCUCAUUGAGGAGCUGCUGGGAAUCACUUGUGAUGCGGGGGACCCGAAUCAAGGCUUCGAGGAGCAACCACAACAAGACAUGGCGACAGAGGUCUCGAGCACUCUGGGUUUUAGUUUUUUAAAGGACAUUGAUUUUUAA